AUGGAGUGGACUGGCGGCUCCCCGAAGAAGCGGAAGGACGAGGCGACAGGCCUGGCCGUCGCUGCUGGGGUCAUCGACCAGGUCGGUCUGGUCACGCUACACAAGAAGCCCCGGGUCAACGAGGCGCAGGUAACGACGCGUAAGAAGGUUGAGGAAGAAGGCGAUGGCACCGAGAGCGUCACCACCGCCUUGUCGAUGCAAGCGAGCACCCGCAUCGACGCACCAUCGCCACCUUCGCUGCAGCGACCACCUCGGCCAGAGGACGAAGCAAACGACGGAGGAGGCGCACGGGAAGUGGUGGAGGAGCUGACGACCGUGGCCGAGCUGGUGAAGAAGGGCGGCAGCGGGAUGCUGGUGCGACGACCUGCGCUGGGCCAUCGGCUCGCCGUCUUCUGGCGGUGCGACCGUCCCUACGUACUCAACGACGCCUGCCCGCACCGAGGAGCUCCGUUGAGCGAGGGCGAUAUCGAGGACCUGGUGGUGGACGACGAAGAUGAAGAUGAAGAAGACGAAGACGAGGACGAGGAGGAAGCGCGGGCGUGCCCGGCCCGACGAGGAGUUGAAAAGGUGGUGCCCCACGUUGUGUGCCCGCUGCACUACUACAAGUACGACCUUGCCAGCGGACGAUGCCACGAAGGUGGUGAUUGGAGCGAGUCGCUGAAGGUCUACGAGGCCUGGGUGGAGGGAGACAGAGUCAUGGCCAAGCUGCCCUGCCUGCCGCCCAUCAGCGAUGACGACAACGACGACGAAAACGACGACGCUGAGCGUUGA